AUGGCGAUGAGACGAGCCGUCGCUGCUCAAGGUCGAGCGGACGAAGCAAUGGGUGGUGAGGGAGAGGAAGAGGGAGAGGCCCUGCAGCUGGCGUCGUUGGCCCAGCAGGGUGCAGCUCCGAGCCGCGCCGAAUCCGCCCAAACACAUGGCUGGCUCAUGCAGACCAUGCAGACCGCACGGAAAUCCCCUCUGAGCUUGCUCGAGCUUGCCUGGGCUUGCAGCCAUCGUGCCACGCUUCCAGACCCCCUUGCCUCGAGUUGCAUCGACUGUAUCCAACCUAGCUUUGCGGACGGAGGGGCAAGGCGUGCUUUGAGGCUCGGGGGGUCCGAGAGCGGGCAACGUCAUUCGGGGCCCAACAAUACCGAAAAGUGGAGAAUGACGCCUUUCGAAAAGCGCCCUGCCGGCUCACCCGACCAUGCAGCUCGCAGCUUCCCGACCGAACUCAAUCCACCUCUCCUGCUUUGGCUCGCGCUGCCAAUGACCGCAUGGUCGGGCGCUGCCGUCAUGCGUCAGGCAGCAGACCGCCAGCCCAGCGCGACGCCACUACGGACGGGCCUGGAGGAGAGCAACGCGCGCGCCCCCAAGCCCAAAAAAUGCGACUCGCCUGCAGCCACCGCCAUCAUGUUCAACAGCAGAGCCUCGUCGAGCGCCGCGAUCAAGCGCCUCACCAUCGAAUACAAGCAGCUCUCCACCGACCCCAACUCGCUCUUCCCCGCCGUCGGCCCCGUGUCCGAAGACAACUAUCUCGAAUGGGAGGCGCUCGUUCCCGGUCCGGACGGCACGCCCUUUGAGGGCGGCGUCUUUUCCGCGCGCCUCACCUUCCCCGCCUCGUAUCCGCUCGAGCCGCCAACCAUGCGCUUCGAGCCGCCCAUCUUCCAUCCCAACGUCUACGCAGACGGUCUCGUCUGCAUCUCCAUCCUCCAUGCACCCGGUGACGACCCAAACAUGUACGAGUCGUCGUCCGAACGCUGGUCGCCCGUACAGUCCAUCGAAAAGAUCCUCCUCUCCGUCCUCAGCAUGCUCGCAGAACCCAACGUAGAGAGUGGCGCCAACAUCGAUGCCUGUAAAAUGUACAGGGACAACCGCGAGGGAUACGAAAAGAUCAUUCGAGACUCGGUCAAGGAACAGCUCGGCUUGUAA